CCUGUCGUCUGCCGUUGGAUCGCAGUAGCGAAACGAUCGGCCGUUUGGAAAGGGCAGGCGAUCGCUUCCAUCAACCUUUGCCAACACCGCAUCGUCGCGGUAUGUCGGCUCUGAAGCCCCUCCAGUACGUCGCGACCAGGCCGAGGUCAUCGAUCAACAAGCGGACAUCGUCGAUGCCCACGAGGAGGAAUUACGGGCCUCAGUUGCAGGGCGUUAUGACGGUCGUCGGGCGAUCGGCGUUGUCGAAAGAGUUGAUGGCUUCCUACAAGCACACGAAACGGCUCGGACCCUAUCUCCUCGGCCCGACCAUCGGCGAGGGAAGCUUCGCGAAAGUGAAAGAGGCGAUGCACGUUCUCGUUGGCGAAAAGGUUGCCAUCAAGAUAAUUGACAAGAAAGCCGCGAGGGAGGACGCCUACCUCCACAAGACGCUCCGUAGAGAGGCGGGGCUUCUCCAACUUCUUGGCCACACCCACAUCGUUCGCCUUCUCGAAGUCAUGGAAACGGACAACAACCUUUACCUGGUACUGGAGCUGUGCGGGGGCGGGCCCCUGCUGGAUAGGGUGUGUGAGAAGGGCGGAUUGGAAGAGGGCGUGGCCAGACGGUACAUCAAACAGGUGGCUUCGGCCGUGUACCACAUGCAUCAAAUGGGCGUGGUACAUAGAGACCUGAAAGUCGAGAAUCUUCUUCUUGACGACAACGACAAAAUUCGAAUAAUAGAUUUUGGACUGAGUAAUUUCAUCGGGAAUCUGGAACGAGAAACCGAUCUUCGGGAUGCUAAGAAGAGGGAACGGGAUUUCUCAAGCCGCAAACAGGCGGACGUACGCGCUAGCCGGAGAGUGAGCCGAACCGUCGGAGGAAGGAAUGGCGCAACGGGUGAUGAUAGUGGGGGACCAGGUAGACCAGGUGAGCCCAAGGGCGUGGCCAGGGCGCGGCUUCCUUCUGAUGACGGGACCAAACGAAGGACCAGAGGAUCUUCUCUUCGCGAGGACAACGGCCAAGAAACGUGGCGCGAAAGAGCGGGACUGCAGCGGAAAAGCAGCAAGGAACACUCGAACAUGACUAGAUCCAACCCGAAACAAAAUAGCGUCCGAGUUAAUGGAGGGAAUGUUCGAUUUUCUGGACAAGACAUACACCGUCGGAUGGGCGCCGAAGAGCAGGAUUCGCCAGAAAAGAGACGGAAUAUGCUGAGGAAUAGAACAUUGGAUGUAUUCGGGACUAGGGAUUUUGCGGGAACGCUUUGCGGGAGUCCUGCCUAUGCAGCGCCUGAGAUUAUUGCCAGGAAGCGAUAUGGCCCCAAAGUGGAUGUAUGGAGCAUGUAAGAAAAUCUCUCAUUUUCUUUUUGUAUUGGGUAAAAUGAAAGUAGGAAAAUAUAGAAUACGUAGAGACAUUUUAUGCGCAGGAUAAUUAUA